AUGACUAUCUUUAAAUUCAAUUUCAAAAAACAUUUUUAAUAAGGAUUGCAAUCAAUUAAUUCUUAGAAAAAAUAAUUGAAUAAGUUGAUUUCUAUUGUACUAUAGGAUCAAGAUAGCACAACAUCAUUUGAAUUAAAUUUUAUGAUUGUUUAGAUUAAACUAAUAUUGUUAUAACCAAAGGUGCCAAUGAUUGCAAUUUAAAAAUGGAUAUUUUUGAAGAAUUUAAAACCUAAAAUCUGUAUGCUGAUUUAGAUAUUUCUAGUAUUUCUAAAUAUUCAUCCUUUUCUUUUCUAUUUUAAAUCAAAAUGGAGACCAUUUAAGAUUAAUAUAUAAAGUUGGUUAAUAGGAUUGUGA